GUUUUCCCCCCCAUUCAGCCUUUAUACAUCCAUGCAUUCACCUAGGCUGCCGGGCAACAGCUCCCAAUUCUCGCGUUGCAGGCACGAAUCUCACUCCACAUUUUAAACUGCGUAGCGACAGCGGGGCAUUUUGCGUUGUCUGGGGGAAACCUCAACAUGGAAGAUGUUGUAAUUAUUGACGAGGAGCCACAGCAAGAGGAGUCUUCUGUAUCCGUCAAGUCCGAUUCUGAAGAGGCAUCUGAAGAAACACCCAACGGUGUGAAAACGAAUGCUGAAGAAACUAAUUCUCCCAAAGAAAAGCAUGAUGGUAAAGAGAAGUCCUCUGGGAGCAGAAGAGGAAACCGCUUCCAUCCCUACAAAGACAAACAUGGUGGAGAAAAGAAGGGGGCUCAUAGGAAUCGGGUGUUCAUCAGCAAUAUCCCUUAUGAUAUGAAGUGGCAGGCAAUUAAAGAUCUAAUGCGUGAUAAAGUUGGUGAGGUUACAUACGUGGAGCUCUUUAAGGAUGCAGAAGGAAAGUCAAGGGGUUGUGGUGUGGUGGAGUUCAAAGAUGAGGAGUUUGUGAAGAAGGCGAUAGAAACUAUGAAUAAGCAUGACCUGAGUGGAAGGCCACUCAACAUCAAGGAGGACCCUGAUGGUGAACACGCUCGGCGUGUGCUGCAGCGCAUAGGUGGAGUUCUACAGGGAGGGCAUGGGCAGGAGAUGGGGCCCGGGGGGGUCAACAUCCCUCACUCCAUUGCCAACAACCCUAACAUCCCACCUGAGAUCAUCCAUGCACUGCAGGCUGGACGACUGGGCACCACUGUGUUUGUGGCCAAUCUGGAUUUCAAAGUGGGCUGGAAGAAGUUGAAGGAGGUGUUUGGCAUGGCUGGUGUGGUGAAACGAGCUGAUGUAAAGGAAGAUAAAGACGGCAAGAGCCGCGGGAUGGGAACCGUUACUUUUGAGCAGUCUCUGGAGGCUGUGCAGGCCAUAUCCAUGUUCAAUGGACAGAUGCUGUUUGACAGACAGAUGCAUGUGAAAAUGGAUGAGAAAUCUGUCCCCCCAGAUGAUUUCCGCCCGGUUGAAAAAACUCCUCAGUUACCACGGGGCCUAGGUGGAAUUGGCAUGGGACUGGGACCAGGAGGCCAUCCUAUUAAUGCCAACCGUCCGAGUGGUGGAGGAGGAAUGGGCUCCAUGGGGCCAGGAGGCAUGGAUGCUCAAGGUUAUGGUGGAAUGAACAGACUUGGAGGAGGAAUGGGUGGUGGCGGCGGCGGCGGCGGCUUUGGGGGCAUGGAGAGCAUGGGCAACACAGGGGGCUUUGGAGGGAGGGACAUGGCGCCAGGUGGCAGGAUGGGAGAUAUGUACCGGUCAGGAAUGGGUGGCAUGGAUCGAGACUUUGGCCACAGUGACAUGCCGAUGAGUCGAGGAUUUGGUGAUUCGUUUGGAGCAAUGGGUGGAGGUUUUGGAGGAGGCAUGGGCAGUGGUGGCAUGGGGCAUAUGGGGACUGGAGGCAUGGGGCAUAUGGGGACUGGAUUAGGUGGUGGAAUGGGAAACAUGUCGAUGGACCGGAUGGGUUCUGGCUUUGACCGCAUGGGCAUGUCAGGGAUGGACAUGAAUCGUGCCUUUGGUGGCUAUGGAGGUGGGGGGCCGGGCCACAUGGGUGGAGGAAUGUCUGACAGGGGCUCUGGGUCUAAAGGAGGCUGUCAGAUCUUUGCUAGAAAUCUUUCCUAUGAUCUGACAUGGCAAAAGCUUAAGGAGAAGUUUAGUCACUGCGGCCAGGUAAUGUUCGCAGAGAUCAAGAUGGAGAAUGGAAAGUCAAAGGGCUGUGGGACGGUGAGGUUCGACUCUCCAGAGAGCGCCGAGAAGGCCUGCAGGUUGAUGAACGGAACCAAGAUCAACGGCCGAGAGGUGGACGUCCGUAUCGACCGCAACGCAUAAAGCUUUUGUAGAAGUCCGCUAACACACUUCCACAUUCAGCCCCCUUGCCAAUGAUCUUUUUGUUUUGUUUUAAAAACACAAUUACUUUAUAUCUCCAUGUGGCCACUUUUGUUUUGUUUAUAUAUACUACAUAGCUCUAGUAUUUGUUUUGUAAACCCUUUUUAAUUUCAGGCAGUUACUUGAACAAAUAAACUUUUUAAUUUUUAAACCUGGUGGUUGUAAAAUC